AUGACGCUCUUCAGAAUAGUCAAGAACUACGACAUGCCAGCGUUUCUGAAGCUGGAGUUUAUACGAGUGAGUCGCCUCUCUUUUGCCAGUACAAGAAUAGUCAAGAACUACGACAUGCCAGAGUUUCUUAAGCUGGAGUUUAUACGAGUGAGUCGCCUCUCUUUUGCCAGUGCAAGAAUAGUCAAGAACUACGACAUGCCAGAGUUUCUGAAUCUGGAGUUUAUACGAGUGAGUCGCCUCUCUUUUGCCAGUGCAAGAAUAGUCAAGAACUACGACAUGCCCGAGUUUCUGAAGCUGGAGUUCAUCAGGCGUUGCCCGCUACAAACAGAAGCGAAAAUGACUCUGGCUAAGACCACUUUCCUUGUCGUCGUCAUCGCGUCUGCGAUGCUCCUCUCCGCCCCUGCGCGCGUCUCUGCCGCUGCGGCUCCAGGCAACGCGACUGCGCCUGCUACUUCUGCUAAAGCGACCGCUUCUGCUAAAGCGUCUGCCGCGCCUGCUAACAGGACUAAAUCUGGAAAUGCUACUAAAGUCGCUAACAGCGCGCACGGAGUGGCUACGGCGAGGCUGAGCAAGGGCGCGGGCGAGGGAAAGAACUCCACAUGCGCCUACUACGGAAACUACAACGCCAACCCUUACUUCGGCAAGGGACUCACCGCGAAGAUUCCUGACGCGCUCUUCAGCAAGCGAUGCGGCGCGUGCUUCAAGGUGAUCUGCAGCAACGACACGAAGCGCUGCCGCAGCGGCAAGGCCACCGUCACCGUCCGCGUCGUCGGCGCCACCAAGACGGAGGGGAAGCAGCUUUCGCUCUCCGCCAUCUCAUGGGCGAAAAUCGUGCAGGGUUCGGAAACUGCCCCUGUGAACAUCACGUACAAGCGCACCAACUGCGUUUCCACCGCCGGAUCGGCGGUGCGCGUGCGCAGCAACUCCACCGCGGAGCAUUUUAACAUUCAGAUGGUCGGCCUUGCCGGGCCCGGCACGCUUACCGAGGUAGAGCUUAGCGCGGACGGCAAAAAGUGGGUGAAGCUGACCCGCGACGGAAACAAGGCGAUCUGGGGAAUCGCGGGCAAGGAGGCGAAGGAUGUUGUGGGCGCGAAGAAAGCGAUGAGCGUUCGCCUCACUGCGGGACACACCAAGGAGAAGAUCACCCUCGCGAACGUCAUUCCUGCAGCCUGGAAGCCUCAAACGCUCUACUCGUCCAAGACCAACUUCAAGAAGCUCAUGGCUGAGGCCAAGUAG